CCUCGGCGCUGACGGACCAUGGCGGAGGUUGGCAGGGCGGCUGUGCGGGACCCGGCUGCGCUACUCCCUGGGGGCUUCUGGGCGGCGGUGGCCGUGUGGCUGGAGAGGCCUCAGGUGGCCAACAAACGUCUGUGUGGCGUCCGCCUGGACGCCCGGCGGAGUGUUGGUUUUCCCCGGGCGGAGGCCUGCGGCCACAGUCCCAACACGAGCCCGGAGCAGGAGGAGCGGGCUGCGGCCAGACCCUGUCAGCGCUCCCCCAAUGGGGGCCUGGGCCCCGGGCCGAGCACAGGCCCCGAGCUGGGCACGGCGGGUCGCGGGCCCGAGGAGUCGCAGCUCCGGCGCCCGCGAGGGGAGGACCCCAGGGAAGCAGCCGCCGCGGCUCGGCUCGCAGGGGUUCCCGGGCAGCCCGGCAAGGUUGGAGUCGGGGAGGGCGAUUUCCCUGCCGCGGACCUGGAUUCUCUCUGGGACGCUUUCUCUCGGGGCCUCGCCGGCGGCAAUCCAGAGAUGCUGGCCUUCCUUACCGGGUCCCGGGCGGGAUCGCGGCCGGAGGCGCCAGGCGAGCUCGACGUGGUUCUCAGAACCGUCAUCCCGAAAACAGGCCCUCAUUGCCCGCUUGCUGCUCCGAGGAGAGAAGUAGUCGUGCAAGAUGUCCUCAAUGGAACUGUAACUUUUUUGCCUUUGGAAGAAGAUGACAGAGGGAAUGUAAAGGUUGAGAUGAGCAACGUGUAUCAAGUCCGGCUCAGUCAGAGCCAGAAAGAAUGGUUCAUAUCUAUUUUAAUUUUCUGUCCAGAGAGAUGGCAUUCAGAUGGCAUUGUUUACCCCAAACCCUCCUGGCUGGGAGGAGAGCUGCUGGCCAGGCUGGCCCGGUGGUCUGUGGAGAGCAAGAGGAGCGGAUUUAAGAGCACCCUGUCCCUCAUUUCCAUCAUCAGAUACAGCAAGACGUACCAGAUGCUCAAGGAGAAGUAUAAAGACACGGUCAAGGUGUGGCCUGAAGUAACCGAUCCCGAAAAGUUUGUGUAUGAAGAUGUGGCCAUCGCUGCGUACCUGCUGAUUUUGUGGGAAGAAGAAAGAGCUGAGCGGGGCUUGACGGCCAAGCAGUCCUUUGUUGACUUAGGAUGCGGGAACGGUCUGCUGGUGCACAUCCUGAGCACAGAGGGGCAUCCAGGCAGAGGAAUCGAUGUCCGAAGAAGAAAAAUCUGGGACAUGUAUGGACCACAAACUUGCUUAGAGGAAGGUGCAAUCACACCAAAUGAUAAGAACCUUUUCCCUGACGUCGACUGGUUAAUUGGUAACCAUUCCGAUGAACUAACACCAUGGAUACCUGUUAUUGCGGCCAGGUCCUCCUACGGCUGCCGUUUCUUUGUCCUUCCCUGCUGCUUCUUUGACUUCACUGGGAAAUACUCCCGAAGGCAGAGCCAGAAGACUCAGUACCGAGAGUACCUUGAUUUCAUCGUGGAAGUGGGGCUGGCCUGCGGGUUUCACGUCGAGGAGGACUGCCUGCGCAUUCCCUCAACCAAAAGGGUUUGUCUUUUUGGGAAAUCCAGAACAUAUUCACCUGCUGGAGAAGGUUCCAUGGAUGAGCAGAGAACCCAGUACAUUAACAGCAGGAGGGGCCGUCCCAUGAGCCCACCUGGCGAGGCGCCUGCCCCUCCUCCACCCCGGGCCACUGUGGGACACGCAGGUCACCCCGACGGGCACCAGGCCCCGGACGCCGAGACUGCCAAGGAAGGGGCAGAGGCCCGAGCCGACCAACUCUGGCUGUCUGGAUUUCAUCCUAGAGAAAAAGCUGAGCGCGUGAGGAAUUGUGCCACCCUCCCUCGAGAUUUUAUUGACCAAGUGGUUUUGCAAGUGGCACAUUUGCUGUUGGAUGGAGAGCAGUUAAACACAGGAAGUACUCCAAGCAGCAGCUCGAAGGCCUGGAACCGGGGAGGAAGCCUCUCCUUGGCGGAAGUAGCCCGUAAGCUGGACAGGGGGACGCUGCAGAGGUUGAAGCGGGAAUGUGGAGGCCUGCAGACGCUGCUCAGAAACAACCAUCAGGUGUUUGAAGUUCUGAAUGGGAGCGUUCACAUCCGCGACUGGAGAGAAGAGAAGCCGCACAGGCAGCAGUGCCCAGAGGCAAAGCGGAGGCUCUUCUCAGAGGCCUUCAAGACCCGCAUCUGCUGGUUCUUCAGUCACCACCCUGACGGUUGUGUUCUGCCUUCAGACGGCUGCCCGUUUGCCCACGGGCCGGCAGAGCUGCGGCCGCCCCAGACCCCCAAGAGGAAGAAGCAGGUUCUGUGAGCUGCUUCUGCCCCGUGAGCCGAGGCCAGGUGCGGGGGCCAAGGUGAGAGGAGCUCCUCUGGGGACCACAGACUGCGGGUUGGGGUGCCUUCCUCCGGACUCCCCCAGUAACAUAGCCCGAUGGUUACGCCCACACCAGAUGCCACAGAAGCUGACGUCCCUCCUGCCCCUGCCCCGUUGGAGUGCUGGGUCUGUGUUGUAAACGAGGUCACGCCUGUGCUCAGCGUCUCUAUUCCAGAAAGCACGGGAGCUCUUGCAGCAUCUCAUCAUUGUGAAGGUGGAGGAAGUGCCGGGACCGUCUGGCCUCUCUCAGGGGCCUGGCUCUGGCUCGCCUGACUCCCGUGUGAGAGCGGGCUCACCCCCAGGAGUGCAGCCGGUCCCGCCAACUCCUGGCUGUACGGGAAACCCAGCUGCUCUGGGUGCUCAUCACUACACGGGGGUUCUGUCAAGGCUGUAAUGCUUACAUGUGCAGGUUAUUUUUAGUUACAGGGAACAAAACACCCAUAAUCUCAUUAGCCAGGUCCGUCUAGGUGACGUGAAGAAAAAAUCCUAAGUGAUACACAACAAGGCCAGAAAAUCUAACUAUCACAGAAAGCAAAAACCCCCCCUCCUGCCCCUCCCUACUAGAUCUUCUCCCCAGAAGUGCUAUCAGCAAAUCUUUUGAUUCUAGAAAAAAAAAACCCUACGUGUUUCUGUUUGAAAUUAUUUUUUCAGUUUUACAGAAAAGGUCACAUCGGUGCGCACUCUGGUGCUCUUCAUUUUCCGCACAGCGUCCCCUGGUGACUUGGGCAGUGCGGUAUUCUGUGGUGUGGGCAUUCUGGGUUCACUCGGGGCAACCAGAAUGAACUCAUCCCUUUCGCUGAGAGGCGCCUCCACUCGGUGCAGCACAGGGGUGCCUGGCCGGGCGGGGCUGGCUCUCAGGGAAAUGAGCCGCCCCACAAAGUCUUGGGAUGGAUGGUUUGCCCUGAAAAACCCCAAGGGCACGUUCUCAGCCACGGAUCUCGGUUGGGGUCAGGAGGGGCUGUUGGAUGACCUCAGCUCUCCUGGGUGCCCCUGGGUGACACCUGUCCUCAGGUGGGUGGUUGUGGGUCCUGCCAGGUGGGUGCUAUGCUGCAAGGAGACUUGCCACAUCUCGAAGACUCCCCGCAUGCCACUCAGAACAGCAGAAAUGGCCUGGGGAGGCCGUGUCCCCCGGAUCCGACCUCUCGGUUCCAGGUACCACAUCUUAAUGGCCACCAGCACCACUGUGCCCCUGCCCAGAGGUCACUGCCACAUCCGGCAUUACGUUCACUGUGGCAUCUCACACACACGUGUCCACAGGAGUGUGUGGCCCGAGGGUUGCUGACCACGGCGACCUGGCUGAGGUCAGAGUGUGUGGGGCUGGGAGCGGGGAAGAGUCCCAGAGGAGAGGGUCCUGGGGGGUGCGCAGGGGAGUGGCCUCCAGCCUUUCCACCUGCCUUCCCCUGCGCUGUGUCUCUGGCCAGCAGGGGUCCACUCCACCUCAGAGAUGACCCCCACCCGCAUCUCCCCGUAAAGACCUGUCACCCCGUCAAAGGGGAUUGGAAGGCGACACUGCUCCUUCCUCUCAGCUCUGCUCCUGGGGUGGCUGCCCACUGAGCGUCACCAGGCAGGGGCACAGCUGCCUGGCAAACCGACCCAGGGCCCCCACAGGAGGACCCCGUGUUGGGGGGGGGGCAGCCCAGCCCGGAGAGGCUGAGAGCUUAGUUCUGGCCGGCACCUCCCUGGGGGGUUUCCAGUGGGCUCUGUUGUCAGGAAGAGGCAGCCAUGAGAAACACAUUGAAGUCAGGAGAAUGGUGCGUUUCCCAGCUCCAGGCUGACUUGUCGCCUGGGCUGUAAUGCAAGAAACGGUUUCCAUGGCUGUUUGGAACGACCGGGCGCACCGUCCACACGGUCCUGGGUCCAGCGCGGGGAGACAGAACUUCGGCAAGGCCCAGGGUCGGGGGAGGCUGGCUGGCCUGCAGACGCUGCCCCCUUGGUCUCUCAA